AUGAUUAUCACACUCUCUCUUUUGAAGGAUGGGGAAGCUCAAGAUGUAUUUGACAGUAUUCAGAAACUGGCAUGUGUUACCUCUAUAGAGCAGCUUUAUGCGUAUGCAUAUCAACCACGGACGCCAUUUACUGCCAACAACGGUUGGAAUAUAUACGACCCCCUCAAGGAAUACGAGCGCAUGGGCGUGGAUGUCAGCACGGACACAUGGCGAUUUACACUCGUGAAUAGAGACUACAAGUAUUCGCCUACAUACCCUCGUACCUUGGUAGUACCAUCCAAAAUUAGUGACAAUACGCUGAAUUAUGCCGCAAAAUACCGUAGUAAAGCCAGAAUUCCUGCAUUGUCUUAUAUGCACUGGCAUAACUCCGCAACCAUAACAAGAAGUAGCCAGCCUCUGGUUGGUUUCAAGCAAGCAAGAUCGAUUCAAGACGAGAAAUUGAUAGAGGCAGUAUUCUCAUCCAAUGUGCCUACAGGACCUAAUGGAGAAACAGUGUAUGGAUCCACAGCAGCUAAUCUGAUAGUGGAUGCUCGACCCAUGGCCAACGCAGUAGGCAAUGUUGCAAGAGGCGCUGGAACUGAAAACAUGGAUCACUAUCGCAACUGCAAAAAGAUUUAUGUGGCUAUCGACAAUAUACAUGUUAUGAGAGACAGUCUAGCCAAACUCAGUGAGGCAAUGCAAGGAAUGGAAUCAGCUGGCGGACAAGUGAAUAGAGGUGCUCUGCAGAGAUCUGGGUGGCUGAAGCACAUUGCCAUGGUUGUGGAGGGCACAAUGACCAUUGUCAAAAGCGUGCAUGUAUACAAUUCGCAUGUACUUGUUCACUGCUCUGAUGGCUGGGACCGCACAUCGCAGUUGGUAUCAUUGAGCGAACUUUGCUUGGAUCCAUAUUACCGCACAUUUGAGGGCAUUCAGGUUCUCAUCGAGAAGGAUUGGGUAUCGUUUGGGCACAAAUUUGAGGAUCGAUGUGGACAUUUGAGCAACGAAAAGUACUUUGUCAACCUUGCCAACACGGGUGGAAAUGCAGCAACCAAUACGAUCAAAGACAUGCAGAACAAAUUCUACAAGUCAAACUAUUAUCAAAGAGAAACCAGUCCAGUAUUCCACCAGUUUCUGGAUUGUGUGUAUCAACUGAUCUGCCUACACCCCACUCGAUUUGAGUUUAAUGAGCAGAUGCUGAUUGAUCUACACUAUCAUGUCUACUCGUGUCAAUUUGGUACAUUUUUAUUCAACAGCGAAGCGGAAAGAACGCACCACCAACCUCAGGAAAGGACUUACAGUAUCUGGGAUUACUUUAAUUCUGACAAGGCCAAGUUUACCAAUCCACUGUAUGAUCCAAUGAAAGAUAAAGACUUGGUGGAUGACGGUGGUGUGUUGAUGCCGGAUGCUACCAAAGUCAAGUACUGGGCUACAUUGUUUAAACGAGAUGACGACGAAGUAAAUGGUGCAAUCACAUAUGGCACCUCACCCUCCACACCUGAAAGCAGCAGUAUUAUCGCAGAAUCACCAGCAAAUUGA